GCAAAGGACCCGAAUUCACUUCACUGUGACGUUUUUACAGUGAACCUCGGGCAAAAAAGGAAUAUCACGAAAGGUCGCAUGAUGUCGCAUGUUCCCAUUUUAUUCUCUCACUUCAGAUGUGUCAAUUCUUCUUCCAUUCUAAGAUUCAUUUUAGUAGCCCUUCUCAUGAGCCGAUUCUCUUCAUCCACUCGCACUUCCCAUUUUCGUCGGGACUAUGUGAAGCCGUUGGACUACGCUGAAAGGGGGUCCGCUUCUUUCGGUCGGGCUAUGAAUUCAGAUUCAAAAAGUUUAACGAAUUCAUUAUGGCGAAGACUCACCAAUUCUCCUAGAUCUGAGAUAUCGGUCGCAGAUUGGUAUCCUGUCAGCCGAGUUGGUCAUGGUUACGCUGCUGUCUUUACAACUUUGACUUUAGUGGCAUGCCUGGUGUGCUCAAACUGCAGCGUAGAAAGCCUCACAGCUCUCGUCCAGUUUGAAAAAGUGUUUCUUUGUGUUGGGCCAUGUACGCUCGCUCUUUCUGCUUGCUCUUACUUCUGGCAGCUGUUUCAUCCCACCGAGACUCCAACCAUCUGGAACAAGUGAGCCUAGCAGCUGAGAUCUCUGCCCACAUGUCCACAGACCUUCCAAAGAGAGGCAAGAAGUGUACCUCGACCUGUGCAGAGACCAAAGCCGCGGAGCAGCAGCAGUGUUGUGCCGAAGGCUUGGUGUGCGACGUGAGCGGCACUUGCCAGUUGGCCUUGGGUUCCAAAUGUAAGUUGAGUACCAUGUUUGGCUUCGGAGGACCGCAGAAGUGCGGCAAAAGCUUCUCAGGACCCAACUUGGAGUGUGGUUCUGCCGAUGCAAAGGGUGAUUCCUAUUGCUGCAUCGAGACUUACACGGACUUCAAGGAGCCAGGGCUAUUGGAGGUGAUGAAGCAUGCGCCACCAGAUGGAGACAAGUCCAAGUGCUGCAGUGGGAAGGUCGGCAACUUCAAAAUGGGAAGUCUUUGCAGCUUCUUGGGCUAGCGGGCGGCUAGCGGCAGCUUGGCAGUUCGGCU